UCAGCGUAUUUCCCGUUGCCGUGGGGAGGCUGCAAUCCUGCUCCGUAGCUGAAAUAUAAACACGUUGUUUGUUUUAAAGAUUUUUUUUUUUUUUUAAAUUGUUUUUUAACGUGCAUUUCGAGGAGGAGGAAGGAGUUGUGAGAGAUGUCGGACAGCGAGGACAGCGACUUCUCUGACAAUCAGAGCGAACGCAGCAGUGAAGCCGAAGAGGUCGAGGACAAUGAGGAGGAGGGAGGGAGAGGCAGCGUGGCCGGCAGUGAGAAAGGGGAGGAGGAGGUAGAGGAGGAAGAAUACGAUGAAGAGGAAGAAGAGGAGGAGGAGGAGGAGGAGGAGGAAGAGGAGGAGGAAGAGGAAGAUGAUGAACGGCCGAGGAAGAAACCCAGACAUGGGGGCUUCAUCCUGGACGAGGCUGAUGUCGAUGAUGAGUAUGAAGAUGAAGAUCAGUGGGAGGACGGAGCAGAAGAUAUCUUGGAAAAAGCAGAGCAAGCGGAAGUUUCCAAUAUCGAUCAUGUUGUGCUGAAUGAAGAUUGCUCUGGCGCUCGCAGACUGCAGAAUCUCUGGAGAGACCAGAGGGAAGAGGAGCUGGGAGAAUAUUACAUGAAGAAAUAUGCCAAGUCCUCAGGAGGCGAGCAUUUCUACGGGGGCUCGGAGGAGCUUUCUGAUGACAUCACUCAGCAACAGUUGCUACCUGGUGUGAAAGAUCCCAAUUUGUGGACCGUAAAAUGCAGGGAGCUCAUACAUUUGCACUGUAAUCUCUCCCUCCCUUUGCCUGCUUCCCAGCCCUUGCAGAUCAAGUCCGUCGUGGCCCCCGAGCACGUGAAGGGCUACAUCUAUAUCGAGUCGUACAAGCAGACCCACGUCAAGGCUGCCAUCGAGGGCGUGGGGAACCUGCGCAUGGGCUUUUGGAACCAGCAGAUGGUCCCCAUCAAGGAGAUGACGGACGUCCUGAAGGUGGUCAAAGAGGUGACCAACCUCAAGCCCAAGUCCUGGGUCCGGCUCAAGAGGGGCCUGUACAAGGACGACAUCGCUCAGGUUGACUACGUUGAACCGAGUCAGAAUACAAUAUCUCUGAAAAUGAUUCCCAGAAUCGAUUACGACCGAAUCAAAGCUCGCAUGAGCCUGAAAGACUGGUUCGCCAAGAGGAAGAAGUUUAAGAGACCCCCGCAAAGACUGUUCAACGAUGAAAAGAUCAGGUCCCUGGGCGGUGAUGUCAGCACUGAUGGAGACUUCUUAAUAUUUGAAGGAAAUCGCUACAGCCGAAAGGGCUUCUUGUUCAAGAGCUUUGCCAUGUCAGCUGUCAUCACAGAAGGAGUGAAACCUUCUCUCUCCGAACUGGAGAAAUUUGAAGACCAGCCAGAGGGAAUUGACCUGGAAGUUGUGACAGAAAUGACAGGUAAAGAGAGAGAGCACAACCUGCAGGCUGGAGACAACGUGGAGGUGUGCGAGGGCGAGCUCAUCCACCUGCAGGGCAAGAUCCUGAGCGUGGACGGGAACAAGAUCACCAUCAUGCCCAAACACGAGGACCUCAAGGACCCCCUGGAGUUCCCAGCUCAGGAGCUGCGGAAGUACUUCAAGAUGGGGGACCACGUGAAGGUGAUCGCGGGGCGCUACGAGGGGGACACUGGGCUCAUCGUCCGGGUGGAGGAGAACUUCGUCAUCCUCUUCUCUGACCUCACCAUGCACGAGUUGAAGGUGCUUCCUCGGGACCUGCAGCUCUGCACUGAGACGGCGUCGGGGGUGGACGCGGGGGGGCAGCACGAGUGGGGGGAGCUGGUCCAGCUGGACCCCCAGACUGUGGGGGUGAUCGUGCGCCUGGAGAGGGAGACCUUCCAGGUGCUGAACAUGCACGGCAAGGUGAUCACGGUGAGGCACCAGGCGGUGACGAGGAGGAAGGAUAACCGAUUCGCUGUCGCUCUGGACUCGGAGCAGAACAACAUUCACGUGAAGGACAUCGUGAAGGUCAUCGACGGGCCGCACUCGGGGCGCGAGGGGGAGAUCAGGCACUUGUUCCGCGGCUUUGCCUUCCUGCACUGCAAGAAGCUGGUGGAGAACGGAGGCAUGUUCGUCUGCAAGACACGCCACGUCGUGCUGGCUGGCGGCUCCAAGCCCAGAGAUGUAACGAAUUUUACAGUGGGCGGGUUUGCCCCCAUGAGCCCUCGUAUCACCAGUCCGAUGCACCCCAGUGGAGGGGGAGGAGGAGGAGGAGGAGGCCAACAGCAAAGAGGUGGGGGAGGAGGAGGGGGAGGAGGAAUGGGGCGUGGCAGAGGAAGGAGAGACAACGAUUUGAUUGGACAGACGGUUAGAAUUUCACAGGGACCAUACAAAGGCUACAUUGGGGUGGUGAAAGAUGCCACUGAAUCGACCGCCCGCGUGGAGCUGCACUCCACCUGCCAGACCAUCUCUGUGGACCGACAGCGGCUCACCACAGUGGGGGCGAAGAGACAUGGAGGAAUGACCUCCACGCAUGGGCGGACCCCCAUGUACGGCUCCCAGACCCCCAUGUACGGGACAGGGUCCCGAACCCCCAUGUAUGGCUCUCAGACGCCCCUGCACGAUGCUGGGAACCGGACUCCCCAUUACGGCUCUCAGACCCCGCUGCAUGAUGGGAGCAGGACUCCCGGGCAGAGUGGUGCCUGGGACCCCAAUAAUCCCAACACCCCCUCCAGGGCGGAUGAGGAUUUCGAGUACGGGUUCGAUGAUGAGCCCUCCCCCUCCCCGCAGGGGUACGGGGGGACCCCUAACCCACAGACCCCUGGAUACCCCGAAGUGCCGUCUCCGCAGGUCAACCCUCAGUACAACCCCCAGACGCCAGGGACCCCAGCGAUGUACAGCACAGACCAGUACUCUCCCUAUGCUGCCCCAUCUCCUCAGGGCUCCUACCAGCCCAGCCCCAGUCCUCAAAGCUACCACCAGGUGGCGCCAAGCCCCGUCGGGUACCAGAACACCCAUUCUCCAGCCAGCUACCACCCCACCCCCUCGCCCAUGGCUUACCAGGUAACUAACUCCGCUCCGACCACACAACGGGUCUCCAUUAGAGUAUAACCAGAUUGUUGGAGU